AUGGGACAAAUCGAUGCAGCAAGUAAUCAAUUAUCUAAACAUCCUGUACAAUUUACACAUGAAGAUUUACGUACACAUCUUGAACCAAUUAUUCAGAAAAUGAUCGAUGCGGAAGAAUCAUAUGCAUUUUUGAAACCGGUCGAUCCUGUUGCACUUAAUAUACCUGAUUAUCCAACGAUAAUUAAACAUCCUAUGGAUAUAUCAACCAUGCGUAAUAAAUUAUUACAUGGAGAAUAUAAAAAUCCAUUAGAAUUUUGUGAUGAUGCAUGGCUUAUGUUUGAAAAUGCAUGGCUUUAUAAUCAUAGAACAUUGCGUAUUUAUAGAAUGUGUACAAAACUUGCACAACUAUUUGUUGAAUCUAUUGAUCCUGUUUUAAAAACAUUAGGUUAUUGUUGUGGUCAUCAAUAUGUAUAUUUACCAAAAGUUAUGUUAUGUUAUGGAAAGCAAAAAUGUUGUGAAAUUCGACCUUAUAGUUCUUAUUAUUAUUAUAACAAUCCUGAACCAUUACGAUUUAAUCUAUCUAGUCAUCAAUAUACAUUUUGUACUAAUUGUUUUCAUUCAAUUAAAUGUGAAUCCAUAUUUGUCGGUGAUGAUCCAACUCAAAAAUUAGUUGAAAUAUCAAAAAAAUUAUUUCUACGGACUGAAAAUGAUAUAGAAGAACGUGAAAUAAUGACUAAUUGUAUUGUUUGUACACGUCGUUGGCAUCAAAUAUGUGCAUUACAUUUAGAUCAAAUAUGGUCCGAAGGUUUCAUAUGUAAUACAUGUAUAUAUCAAUAUAAUAUAAAACGUAAAGAAAAUUGCUAUAUAGCACAAAAAUUAACAGUAACUGAUUUAUCAUCACAAUUAGAACAACGUGUUAAUAAAUAUUUAUUUGAUAAAGAUUGUCAUGAAAGUCAUGUUACAAUUCGUGUAUUAGCUUCUAGUGAUAAAAUAUGUAAAAUAAAACCACAAUUAAAAAAAUAUUAUCCAAAUCAAAUGACAAAUGAUAGUUAUCCAUAUCGAACAAAAGCUAUAUUUGCUUUUCAAGAAAUUGAAGGUAUUGAUGUUGUUUUCUUUGGUAUGUAUGUACAAGAAUAUGAUGAACAUUGUCCUGCACCAAAUACAAGUCGUGUUUAUAUAUCUUGUUUGGAUACAAUACAUUUUUUUCAACCGAAACUUUAUCGUCAAGAUGUUUAUCAUGAAAUUUUAAUUGGUUAUUUGAAUUAUGCUAAACAACAUGGAUAUAUGUAUGCUCAUAUAUGGGCUCGUCCAGCAAGUGUAGGUAUUGAUUAUAUAUUUUAUUGUCGUCCAUUUGAACAACGUUUACCGAAUUCAAAACGCUUACAUAGUUGGUGUAAAAAGCUGCUUGAUAAAGCAAUUAUAGAACGUAUUGUUAUUGAUUAUAAGGAUAUCAUGCAAGAUUGCUUGAAUAAUCAAAUACAAACAGUUCUUGACAUUCCAUAUUUUGAUGGUGAUUUAUGGCCAAUUAUUAUUGAAGAAACUAUUGAAAAAUUUGAUCAAGAAGAACAUCGAAGAAAACAAGAAGUUGAAACAUCACAAAUUAUAGAAGAUGACAACUUCAAUGAUUCUUUUGAACUCGAUGAUCCAACACAAAUUUCUAGUAAACGUAAAUCUGCAAAUACAUAUGAAAAUAAAACUUUGAAGAAAACGAAAAAUCAAGUAUCAAAUUCUACUGAUUUACUAUCUAUAAUAUUUUCAACUAUGGAAAAAAACAAAGAGGAAUUCUUUGUUAUUCGUCUUCAUCAUCAAACAAUAUCCUAUCCAACAGUCAACGAUACUGAUGCUCUUCUUCUAUGUAAUAUAAUGGAUACACCAAAUGCAUUUCUAAAUUUUGUACGGCAUAAAAAUUAUAAAUUUUCUUCAUUACGUAGUGCAAAAUUUUCAACUAUGGCUUUAUUAUAUGAAUUACAUACAUCAACAACAAAGAAAUUUAUAUAUAAUUGUAAUAGAUGCCUACAAAAAUGUGAUAUAUGUUAUUAUUGUACAGUAUGUGAAGAUUUAGAUUUAUGUGAAAAGUUUUAUAAUAUGCAACUAAAUCAUGAACAUAAAAUGGAAUGUUUAAUAUCAUCAAGAAUUAUUAUGAAUCAAGAUAAUGAACAAAAUUUAUUAAAUAGUAACAAUGAAUCUAUAGCAAGUACACAAUUACAACGACAAAAAACAAUGCAAUUUUGUAUUGAUACUUUGUUACAUGCACUUAAUUGUUAUAUGAUCAAUUGUGUUUAUCGUGGUUGUCUUUGUUAUAAACGUAUUAUACAACAUACAAAAGAUUGUAAAGAAAAAAAUCGUCAAUGUUAUGUAUGUAAACAAGUUAUUUUUCUUUGUUGGCAUCAUGCUAAAAGUUGUAUGAAUCAAAAUUGUCAAGUUCCAUUUUGUACGAAUUUAAAAUCUAUAAUAGAAAUUCAAAGAGCAGCUAGUUUACAAGCAGAUCGACUUGUUAUGGAAACAAUGAUGAUGCAACAAGAAACAAAUAUUAGGCAAACACAAACAUAA